AUGCUUUUGAACGUUUCAAGACCAACCCUGGGUGGGCGUAUAUCGCUUUUAAGGUCAGCUCAGUGCUCAGUACCAGCUCGUCAUGCCUCUUUGAACUCGGCCAUUGGCCGGGGUAUUCGCCGAUCACAGCCUGGGGAGACAUCGCCGAGUCGGUCUCUCGAUGGCCGAGAUGGACGCCGGCGGGUGAAGAGAGAUGAUUCUCAGUUCCAACCAAAAGGCCAAAGAAGUUGGCCUGAGAGAUCCGAUGAGAGGAGAUUCGAGAGGAAGCCCCAAAAGUGGUCCGAGAGGAAACCCGAAAAGUGGCCCGAGAGAAGGCCUGAAAGGAAGCCUGUUUCAGAUGCCUUUGACCAAGAUGAAUUUAUACGGAGCGGCAGUUUUCGAACUCCGUCGCGAGGUCAGGAACGUGGGCAUUCAAAAGACAGAAGUGAAUCGCGCGAACGGGAUUCACUUCCAUCAGAGAAAGUAAAGUCGUUCUCACGAAAAGUCAGUACUCAUGGGGUAUCUCGUGCUCAUCGAGCGACUGCGAGUGUCCCGGAGCGAGUGAAGGAACACGUCAAAGUCCCGGAGUCGAUACCUUACACGUCACCGGCAUCUGAAUUUAUCUACGGCACCGGUUCCGUCGAAGCAGCAUUGCGUUCCAGCCGUCGCCAACUAUACAAGCUCUAUCUCUAUCAAGCCGCCGGAGAAGAGCUCAGUCCUACAAAAGUUGCUCUUCGCAAGCUGGCUCUCUCGAGCAACAUUGAAGUCAAGAUGGCCUUUGCCGGCUGGGACCGACUUCUCGAUAAAAUGAGUGCUGGCCGACCGCACAAUGGUUGUGUUCUGGAGGCAUCCCCUUUGCCAAAACUGCCCAUUCGUGGCUUCCAUCCGGUUCAAGCAUUGACCGACAGCCAUUUCCGUGUAGAAUUGGGACCCCAAACGCGGGAGGAAGCUGCAGUUAAUGGCACCGAUGACCGCAUCUCUAUUCUUCAUCCUCCAAUCUCGCCUUCUGGUGAACAAGCGCAUCGCUACCCAGUGUGUCUACUCUUGGAUGGAGUCGUUGACCCUGGAAAUCUUGGUGCUAUCAUACGUUCUGCUUACUAUCUCGGAGUUGAUACGAUUGUUUUUGCUGGCCGCAACUCGGCACCUCUUUCACCUGUGACUAUUAAGGCUUCUGCCGGCGCAGCAGAGAACAUGUCUCUUCUUCACGUCAAAAAUGAGAUUGAUUUCAUUCAGCGGUCCCAAAACAACGGAUGGAAAUUCUACGCGGCCGACGCUCCGGGUCCCGGUGCCACGUAUGUGGACCGCCUAUCACCGGGCGAUGGACCAAACGGCAGCCACCCUAUCACCCAAUCUCCCAGUGUGAUCAUGAUGGGUAGCGAGGGGUCCGGGCUUAGCUCGCAUAUCAAGUCACAUGCAGAUGCGAUCGUCAGCAUCCCGGGUGCUCGACACAGCGCUCAUCUAGGCGUUGAAUCUGACCCAGCUCGCAUCGAUAGUCUGAACGUCAGCGUUGCCGCGGCUCUCUUGAUGGAGACGUUCUUGCGAACCCCGCUGGGAGUCUCGGAGCCGGCUAGAAAGGGGAAGGGGCAGCGGAUGUGGUAA